AUGGCUCCUCCAUCUACUCAGGCGGAUGGUCCACCACCCAAGGCAAAGAAAAUCUAUCCGUUCUAUUCAUGGCGCAUUGGAAACAAGGACGCAAAAGUGCUAUACAUUCGAGAUCACCUCGAAGCGGACCAGGUGCUUUCCGAGCUUUCGCCUGGGCCCCUUGGCUUCGAUCUCGAGUGGAAACCCAACUACAGAAAGGGCGAAGCAGAGAAUCCUGUGGCGAUUGUCCAGCUUGCCAAUGACAACCUCAUCCUGCUUCUCCAAGUAAGCGCAAUGACAGAAUUUCCAGCAAGUCUCCGCGUACUUCUCGAGAGUCCUGAUUUUCUGAAGGCUGGUGUUGGAAUUCAACAUGAUUGUCAAAAGCUCUAUCGCGAUUAUCAGGUAUCCUGCCGCAACUGUGUAGAACUGGCUUUUCUGGCACGCUCUGCUGAUAAUGAUCAAUGGAAAGGAAAAUAUUCUAGUCCUAUAGGUCUUGCUCGCUUGCUAGAGGCUUAUGAAAACUACACGUUAGCUAAGGGCAAAGUCCAACGGAGUAAUUGGGAGCGUCAUCUAACAGAUAACCAGCAAGACUAUGCUGCGAACGACGCCUAUGUCGGUAGCAGGCUCUAUUCAAGAUUGAUUCAGAUGGCACACGAGAUGCCUACUCUGCCUCUUCCUGACUAUUACUCAUUUAGCCUCGUGAAUGGGAUGCUCCUGAGCGUCGAUGGACUGACUUCAUGGGCCCCAAACAAUCCGUUUUAUGAUCCUGGCCCUCCGCCUCCACCUAGACCUCCCAAAGAUCCUAACGCCCCGAAGAACGUAAAAAAGAAAGAGCCGAAAGUUAAUUCUGCCAUGGCCCAUACCCCGGACUAUUUGCAAGCGUCCAGUUCUGAGAUGCCAUCGAUCUCUUCAUUGCUCCCAACAUCAUCCCAUCAUGCAUUCAGAGGACGACGAUGGCCCGCAAAUACCCAAAACCGCCCCUGGUCGCGUGCUGAACCUGUGGACGCUUUGCCGUUCGAUAAUGUUCCGGGUUUAAGAGGAAGAGGUUCAGGUUUUCAUGGGCGGGGGCGUGGACGCGGAGGUCAUCCGCCAAGAGGCGAUGGCAAUAGAAACCCAGCUUGA